AUCACGAACAGUAACGGUGCCUGCUCUCAGAGGUCUCUGUAAGAGCAGAACCUGUACUUACUAGAGGUGGCCUGAAGUCAAAAUGCUAAAGAGGAAGCCAUCCAAUGCUUCAGAGAAGGAGAAACACCAAAAACCGAAGCGCAGCAGCAGUUUUGGGAAUUUUGAUCGUUUUCGGAAUAAUUCCAUAUCAAAAUCUGAUGACUCAAUCGAGGUCCGUGACGGGGAACUGACAAAUGGAAGUGAGGAACAAAGCAAAACUUCAAACAAUGGAGGAAGUCUAGGUAAAAAAGUGAGGGCUAUUUCAUGGACAAUGAAGAAAAAAGUAGGGAAAAAAUACAUCAAAGCUCUUUCUGAGGAAAAAGAGGAGGAAAUUAGAGAGGAAACCCUCCAGUAUCGGAACAGUGAUCCCAUGAUUGGAACACGUACAGAGAAGAUCUCUCUUAAAGCCAGCGACUCUAUGGACAGUCUUUACAGUGGGCAGAGCUCAUCAAGUGGGAUAACAAACUGUUCAGAUGGAACAAGCAAUCGGGACAGCUUUCGACUGGACGACGACAGCCCCUACUCAGGGCCAUUCUGUGGCCGUGCCCGAGUGCACACAGACUUCACACCAAGUCCCUAUGACACAGACUCCCUUAAAAUCAAGAAAGGAGACAUCAUAGACAUUAUCUGCAAAACACCGAUGGGAAUGUGGACAGGGAUGCUAAACAACAAAGUGGGGAACUUCAAGUUCAUUUACGUGGAUGUUAUCUCAGAAGAGGAAGCAGCUCCUAAGAAAGUAAAGGUGCCCAGAAGCAGUAGAAGAGAAAACCCCCAGACUCUCCAAGAAUUCUUAGAGAGGAUUCAUCUUCAGGAAUAUACUUCAGCAUUUCUGCUCAAUGGUUAUGAGGCCCUGGAUGACUUGAAGGAUAUCAAAGAAAGCCAUCUAAUUGAACUAAACAUUGCCAAUCCAGAAGACAGGGCGAGGCUCCUGUCUGCUGCUGAGAGUCUCCUGGAUGAAGAAACUGCCGCGGAGCAUGAAGAGGAACCUGUGCCUCUGUCCUCAAACCCAGACAUCUUGAGUGAAUCACAGUUAGAUGACUGCCCGAGGGACUCUGGCUGUUACAUCUCAUCAGGAAAUUCAGAUAAUGGCAAAGAAGAUCCAGAGUCCCAAAGUCUGCCUGACAUGGUACAGAAGAUUUCCAUCACGGAGCCCAGUGACUGA